GGGCAGCGGCUCUAUCCCCCUUCUAACGGGGUUUUGUUUGUUGCAAGGUGCCGAAUUGGUCAUUCAGAAAAGGAAUUGUUUAAUAAUAUUGAUUCUAGAGUAUCUUAGACAAUAAGUAUGGGAGGCAAUGAUGGUGGUUCCAUAAAAAAGUUAGAAAAGCAUUUGGAGCUUUUAAAGGCGGAAUACAUAAAACUACAGCGAAGUUAUGUUGACCUGGAACGCAAGUAUGACGAGGCAACUGCAUCAUCAGGUGAUAUCGAAGCAUCUGGAGAAAAUAGAAGUUUCGUGUCACGACUUGCAUUAACUGCAGCAACGCUAUAUGGCCGCUCAAUAUAUUCAGAUCUUAACAUACGCACCACCGCCAACGGGAAAACAUUGCCGGCACACAAAUUUGUAUUACAUGCUCGUUCUGAGAAAUGGAGAGACGUCGAGUUAAAAAGCUCAGAUGAAUUAGAUUGGAGUGAUUUAGACGAAGAUAUUGCCACAGCUUUAUUACGCUGGAUAUACACAGAUAUAGUUGAUUUGCAGCACGAUAAGCUAACGUUAGAGUUGCUGCGAGUGGCUCAUCGUUUCAACUUACCUGCCCUUCUCGGUCUUUGUGAGAGAGCGCUUGUGACUUCAGUUGGUGUGCGAUCAAGCGUAAGAUUCUACUGUGUUGCCGAAGAGGUCGGAGCGGCUACACUUCUUGAAUAUUGCUCUGGCCUAAUAUCUAUGCAUUGGGAUGAAUUGACGGCUCAAGACUUUGAGCACAUGUCCGGCCCGCUGCUGUUUAAAAUGCUUAAGAAUAAAACAAAAUAUCCACUGCAUGAGGCUGUCCGACUGUUGCGGGAAGAUGUCGUAUUCUUGUGCCUUGUUGAAAACGACACAAUGUUACCCGAUUUGGUUGAUAGCUUGUCGGAGUGUGGACAUCUGCCUUUGCAAAUAGCAUUAUCGGCGAAACAUAUACAGAUUGCCCAAACCCUUGUGAAAAACGGAUGUGCUAACAUAAACGCAUAUGACGCCGAUGGAUCAACGCUUCUAAUAGAUGCCGUUAGAAGAAAUGAUCAUUUUGCUGCAGAUUUUUUAUUAAAUCACAACUGUUUGGUUGAUCUACUAUCCAGGCCAUCAUCCGAUACUGCACUGCAUAUUGUGUGCAAUUAUGGAAAGGAAGAGCGGAAUAAGGAUGCACUGAAUAAUAUGAUCGAAAUUGGCCGUAAAAUAUUAGAUCGUAAUCCCGAUGUAAACAUUCAAAAUUUGCAAGGUCAGACACCUCUGCACAUUGCAAUAAUGUCUCAAAACGCAACUAUGGUCAAUUUGUUGCUAGAUCUGAAAAAUAUUAAUAUUAAUCUCCGCACAACAAGUGAGAAAUGUCCGCUGGAGUUGAGCCUAACCAUAGUUGGGGAACAUAAUUUUCAAUUGGCGUCAAAGCUCUUGAAACUAGGAUCGAACCCUAAUCCUUUAAAGAACGACACAAACAAUAAUCUGUUGCAGGUCCUUGCUUUGGCAGGCACAGAUUUUGAAGAUGCUGCAAUAUUUUUAGCUGAUUUUGCUAACGUGGACCAUCUAAACAAUAGUGGGUUAACCGCCCUGCAUAUCGCUGCUCGGAAGAAUAUGCCAAACUUAGUGGCUAAGCUACUUAAAGUCGGCGCAUCGUCCAGUAUACAGACGAAUGUAGCUGACCUUAAGUCACCACUACACAUGGCGGUCGAGACGAAUGCCUUGGAAGCAAUUCAAACAUUUGCCAACUUUUGCAAGGAAAAUAUUGAGUCGGUAGAUUUUAACAGCAAGGAUAUUAACGGAAAUUCACCACUUAGCCUUUGCUUAGCCUUGAAUAAUGUUGAACUGGCGCCCAUACUAAUCGCAGGAGGAGCGGAUGUUAACGACAGAAACGGCCAGGAUCUGACUUUGCUGCACCAGGCCAUAUUGAAUGGAGACAAUAAAACGGCUGUAUUUUUGUUGGAUCACGGAGCCGAGAUAAACGCAGUGACAGGCAAACAAAAGUCUGCCUUGCAACUGGCUAUAGACUGUCAUCUCCCUAAGGUCGUAGAUGCGCUGUGUAUCAAAGGAGUAUCUUUUAGUGUGCUCGAUAAUAACGGGGAACCCCCAUUGUGGUUGGCCUUAGAGCUGGGGUUCGAGGAUGUGGCACAGAUUCUAGUUCGCCAUGGGGUUGACGCCGAUUGCUGGGGCCCAGGUCCUGAGGGUUGUCAACAAACCAUAUUGCACCGAGCAAUUGAUGAAAACAAAGAGUUAACAGCCAUGUUUCUCGUUCGCAACCAAUGUGAUUUGGACACACCCAGACAACCAGGACCAAAUGGAGAGGGAGGCGAUGAGUCACGCGAUAAGGCUUCCCCACUACAUCUAUGCUGUCAGUGGGGACUUACCAAAGUUGUGCAAGCUCUUAUUGAUCAUGGCGCCAAUGUAAACGCUUUGGACGCAGAUAACAAAACACCCGUGCAUAUUGCUAUUGAAAAUCAACACGAAGAUAUUAUAAACAUUCUGCUUUGCCAUCCUGGCAUUAAUUUAAAAUUGCGCGACAAAUCUGGUCAGACGCCUUUUGCCACUUCAUUGGCCAUACGAAAUCACAAAUCUGCCGAGCGUAUAUUGGAAAGAUUACCGAAUGCAGCCGAGCUAAUGGAUCAGCGUGGGCGCAACUUUCUCCACGUUGCAAUCAUGAAAGAUGAUCUAGAAAGUGUGCUUUUCUUGUUAGCCAUACAAGUGGAUGUUAAUUCACGUGUUCAUGACGCGUAUCAAUCAACGCCGUUGCACCUGGCAGCUUCGUCCAAAACUGAAAUGAUCAUACGUAAUUUGAUUUUAGCUGGUGCCCGAGUUAAUGAAAGAGACGCUGUGCAAAAAAUGCCCCUGCACAUGGCUAUUGAGCGGGGAAAUCUUGCAGCUGUCUCUGCCUUGAUCCAAAAUCAUGCCGAUUUUGAUGCAUCAGAUGCCGAUGGAAAUAACGCUUUACAUCUUGCCGUCCAUGUCGGUCAGUUGGCGAUUGUACGAGAGCUCUUGACCGAAUCGCGUGUAAAUGCUGAAGCUACAAACAAUAAAGGUCGUAAUCCUUUGCACGAGCUGUGUCGUCUUGCAGAUGAUAACACUGGUGCUGCAAUUUGUGAGCUCUUCCUUGAAUGCAUGCCAAAGUAUCCCAUCAAUUUCACCGACAUGGACGGUAACACGCCUCUAUUACUUUCAUUUAUGCGAGGACAGGCUCCACUCUGCAAGGUUUUGCUGAAAGCCGGAGCUUGUCUUGGUUCUCAGAACCGCGAUGGCAUAACUAUUUUUAAUUAUAAACUGGCUACGAAUCAGUUGCUUAACAAUUUGUUAGAUCAGUUACCAAAGGAGUCCCCAUGGGCGGAAGCGGAAUUGUGCCAAGAGUGUAACUCGAAAUUUUCGCUGACCAUGCGAAAACACCAUUGUCGGCAUUGCGGUCGUGCUCUAUGCUCUAAGUGUUCAAGUAAUGAGAUGCCAAUAAUAAAAUUCGGCAUUAAUAAACCAGUGCGAGUUUGUAAAGUCUGCUUCGAUGUUCUUCUUGGAGGAAAUGAAAACGGUUCUUUAACAUAAUGGUCGCCAUCGCAAUCGUUUAAUUUUAUUUAGUUAAUGCAUUAUAUCUAAUAUAUAUAUAUGCAUGUUCAAUCCAAUCCAAUGGUUAAAUUUUUCAGAUUUCCAAAUAUUAUAAUAUACACGAUUCCAUAUAACAGUGUAAAGUGAAUUGUAUAUAUAUGUAUAUCAAUCUUCUUAUUUAAUACCGUGAUUAAGGAAUGUUUUUUUCGUAUGCCUUAUAACAUUAAUUAUAAUGCCUAUAAGCGGUAACUCAAGGGCAAAAAUUGCCUUUAUCGAACACAACCAAUCCAUUGUAUAUUACUAAAAAGAAUAUAGCUAGCUAAAUCUUGUAAUAAAUGACGUUUUUGAGUUAGCUAAAUUGCUCGUAAAUUAAAUUUUUAAAAAUUGUGGAAAU